UACUUGCUAGGGGUUGCAUGUUGUGCAUGAGGGUUAGACAACUAGCUGCGUAUUUUUUAAAAUAUAUUGUCUAAGUUAUAUUGACAAUCCUCAAUAGUCAGUAUAACCUUUGCCAACUGUUAUCAAAAUAAUGUUUUCCUCGCUUCUCGUUGCGUGCAUUGAAGCAAACGGUCGAGGUGGCAUUGUUAAACAGUUGUUAGCUAACUAACUAGCUACUUCACUGUAAUGUUGGCGAUGUUGUCGAGAGUUAAACCCCCUCGGUGGCUCUCAGGAUAUAUAUUAGGACAAGAGGUUAGAGUAAGCGAACCGAGCUUGUUCAGUCACGGUAGUUCUCCAGUAUCAGCUUUGUUGAGACUAAAAAUUACCGCUGGUGUCAGAGAUGUUAGCACCUCCCGUGCGCUAUGCGCCAAAGUCAAAGUCCGAGGAGACCAGAAGAAGAGAGAGCUGUCCGAGAAGAAGCUGACCCGUCACUUUGUCGACCACCGCCGUGUGAAGCUGAUGGCUGGGUCAGGAGGCAAAGGUGCCUGCUGCUUUCACAGUGAGCCCCGAAAAGAGUGGGGAGGACCGGAUGGAGGGAAUGGAGGUGAUGGAGGAAGCAUCAUUAUUAAGGCUGAUCGGUUUGUCAAAUCAUUGGCGCAAGUAUUCCCUGUUUACAAGGGAGAGGAUGGGCAAUCAGGGGGCAGCAAGAACUGUUAUGGUCGAAACGGCAACUCAACCUAUAUUUCUGUACCAUUAGGCACAGUGGUGAAAGAGCAGGGCAAAACUAUAAUUGACCUUUCUGAACAUGGACAAGAAUAUCUGGCUGUAUUUGGAGGGGCCGGAGGAAAGGGGAAUCGAUUCUUUCUGUCCAAUGAGAACCGUGCCCCAAUGACAGCAACCUCAGGAAUGCCAGGUGAAGAGAGGGUCCUUCAGCUGGAACUACGCACCAUGGCCCACGCUGGAUUGGUGGGGUUUCCUAAUGCAGGAAAAUCAUCAUUGUUGAGAGCCAUCUCCAAUGCCAAGCCUGCUGUGGCUGCUUACCCUUUUACAACACUCAACCCACAUGUAGGAAUUGUCAAUUACAGGGAUCAUGAGCAAGUUGCAGUUGCUGACAUCCCAGGCAUCAUUCGAGGAGCCCAUCUAAAUCGAGGCCUGGGCAUCUCUUUCCUGCGUCACAUAGAACGCUGUCGUUUCCUCCUCUUUGUUCUGGAUCUGUCGACUCCGGAGCCCUGGACCCAGCUCCAACACUUGCGUUAUGAACUAGAUCAGUAUGAACCUGGUCUGUCCCAGCGGCCUCAGGCCAUCAUAGCCAACAAAAUGGACCUACCUGAGGCCCGGGAGAAGCUUGAGACUCUAAGGAGCCAUGUUACCAAGCGGGUCAUCCCUGUGUCGGCUCUCACAGGACAGAACACAGAGGAGCUUAUCCUCCACCUUAGAGAGCUAUAUGAUGGCUACUUCCAAGGAGAAGGUGGUGAAGAACGCAAACCCACUAGGUAAUAGUAAAAAGGAUUUCUUUUUGCUCUACUGAUGUCUCUUUAAUGUAUUAUACUGGAAGAUAUAGAAUGUAUUUAAAUUGCUUAAUAAAUACAUAAA